AUGUUCAUCAAAAACAGCCUGAUUCUCUCCCUGGCAACCAGCGUGCUGGCCACGCACGGUGCCCGCUCCCACCCCGGCAGCAAGAUGGUGAAGCGCGCCGACUUCCCCAUCCCCGAGUCCCAAGGAAGCGAGACCUUCGACGAGCCCUAUGAGAUCUCUGGCGAGGAGUUCGACGGUGGCAUGAAGACCUACGGCCGUGGUGUUGACUGUACCGGCCAGUCUGAAGGCGGCGACUCUGAUGCAGUCUUCAUCGUCAAGGACGGCGGUACUCUUAAGAACGCCAUUAUCGGAACUGACCAGAUCGAGGGUGUCCACUGCGAGGGCUCUUGCACUAUCGAGAACGUUUGGUGGGAGGCUGUUUGUGAGGACGCCCUCUCCCUCAAGACCGGUGACGGUCCCUUCAACGUCGUCGGCGGUGGAGCCACAGGCGCCGAGGACAAGGUCAUCCAGCACAACGGUGGUGGUACCGUCACUGUCUCCGACUUCACAGUCACCGACUUUGGCAAGCUGUACCGCUCCUGCGGAAACUGUGACGAGAUGUCUGAGCGCCACAUUGUCCUAAACGGCGUCACUGCUACCGACGGCAAGUACCUUGUCGGCAUCAACAGCAACUACGGCGACACCGCCACCAUUGACAGCGAGACUUGCGCUACUGAUGUCAAGACCAUCUGUGCUGAGUACGAGGGCACCGACAACAACGAUGAAGAGCCCGAGGAGAUCGGCGAUGGACCCAGCGACUACUGUAUCUACACCGACCCUCUCCCCGAGUGCUAG